UAUUUAUUUUUACCAUUUUUUUACCAUUGACCCGUAACUCAGUAUUGUAAUUCUAAAGCUUAAACAGGCCUAUUUGUAGCUUUGAGAUUAUCACAUGCUAAAUGUUUAUAAUAUUCCACAGCAUGGAAAUCCACAUCCACCACAUUAAGUGUUUCUGAAAAGCAGACCGAAAGCGCCUCUCGUUUUGAACUUGAGUGUAAAUAAAUUGUUUUGACCCACCGCAUGCAUGAAAACCAGAAGAGCAGUCUGUAACUCACUGUUUAUGUGCUUAAAGGGCUGUUGGGGCAAUUACAGUGUAUCAUAAAGGUUUACUAUUUUAGCACUUGAUCUCCUUUUCGAUACCUUGUUGCUUUUUGGUUUUAUACAGGCUACGUGGCUCACAAGGCUCAGCGGCAAUGUCAGUGUUAACGAAGUCAGUGGUCGUAAACAUAAUGCUGUUCAAGUUAAAUUCUGUUUUUAUUCGUUUAUACUUUCAAAAACGACUGAUCAGGUUUAUGUAGAUUUGACUUUAAAAAAAAAUCUAGUAGCUUGAAAAAGAUAUGGGAUACAAGGGUUACGUGCGCACAGAGGGAGGAGUCAUCGGUGCUCGUUGCGAUUUAAUUGGCUGUUAGCUCACACUGAGUUGUAUAGUUAUCAGUAAUUAUUUUCAGCAUGUUUUGCACAAGAAAUGUCAUCCAGAAAGGGCAAUCUUCUUCCACCGUCAAAUUAUACCACAAAGAUGUCAUGCUCCGAUAGUCCAUCUGGAAAUUCGUUUCUGGUAGACUCCUUGAUCCACGGAAGGGCCGAGGGAAGUGGACACUACUACCAAAACAGCGGGGUCUACUUGCCACCGACCUCCGAGUAUUCUUACGGACUGUCUAACUGUGGCUAUUUUUCUGGACUCAAACGGACCGAGAGCAAUUCGCAAAAUGUAGUACCUACGUGUGGGCCAUAUCAAGGAAUGGAAACAUGGCUGGAGACGUCGAGGUCCUGUCGCAUUGAACAGCCUAACAACCAAAUUACCCCACGGUCGUUCUCGCCCACCAUAAAAGAGGAAAACUCUUACUGCUUAUACGAGUCUGAGAAGUGUCCAAAAGACACUAUUACAGAGGAUAUAUCGUACUCGCGGCUUACACCAAACUCAUGUCCAUCUAGCAACAAUAACGGCUGUGUUCCGGUGCCCGGUUACUUCCGUCUAUCUCAGACGUGCACCACAUCUAAAGGUUUUCCAGACAACCAGUCUAUAUCGACUCAUCUUGCUGCUCAACGCUCGAGCCGAUUUGACAGCUCUCUUUCAGCCAUAGCAGCAGCAGAAGCAAGCAGGGAAGAGAGCGACGAACCCCCCACAUGCGCACCAUGUGCCCCGGGAAGAAACAAGGAGCUAAGGGGGUCCACUGGCACCGCUUCAUCUCCCGAACCACCAGACAGCCCGGAGAAGGCGGUCACGGUUACUAAAGCAGGAGAUUCCAAAAGUGAGAAUACAGCUAACUGGCUGACUGCGAAGAGUGGCCGUAAGAAGCGUUGCCCCUACACCAAACAUCAGACACUAGAGCUGGAGAAAGAGUUCCUCUUCAACAUGUACUUGACACGAGAGCGUCGCCUCGAGAUCAGCCGCAGUGUUCACCUCACGGACAGACAAGUCAAAAUCUGGUUUCAGAACCGACGGAUGAAGCUGAAGAAAAUGAGUCGAGAAAACAGAAUCCGAGAGUUGUCGACCAACUUCAGUUUUACAUGAAGCCUCCUCGCUUUAUAGAUCUCUGGCGCCCUCCUCCUCCAUCAGCUGCAGUGGUAGCCUACUUACAACAAACCGUCUCCGUAGGUGUGUGUGUGUGUGCAUAUUUGACUUGUGCAAGAUACUAUUGAUAACUUAUUGUGUGUCGUAUACUGUUGACGUUUUUAUCUGUUUAUGUAUAAUUUUAUUUGACAUCCCAGUCGUCAUAACAUGUCAUGGUUAUUUAUAAACUGUCAAGAGUACUUCACUGUAAAAGCAAGAGAGGAAAAUAUCGAAUGCUGAAGGUGUUCAUUGUACAUAGCAUUCAGACUAUAUUGUACAUUUAUUGUAUAUAACUGCGAUAUUUGCAUGUUGUAAUAAUAAUAAUAAUAACUAUUAUGAAACCAUUUUUAAAUAAUAACAAUACGUUUCUUAAGUACGACCUUGUCAUGUAGCCUAUUUGCUGUUCUAGGCAUAAGUCCGGUUUAUAAUGUAGAAACUUGUAUAGUUAUAAACAUGACGGGACUUCAUAUAUUUUAAAAACAUUGAAAGGUACAAUCUUUCUGAAAACACAGGCCGGACUCAGAUGUAAAUUAAUUAUUCAUACGUGGCAGAAAAUAAAUAAAGGCAUGACUUUUAAACAAUUCUUGUAACACUCCUGA